AUGAGCCCGUAUGAGAGGAUGAAGCAAUUUCCUUCCUCUUCUCUAAGUUCAUCUCCUAAACCCCACUGGACUCAAGCCCAGUUCUGGGAUGACUAUGGAGAUCCAGACAUUUCUGAAUGUACAUCCUGGUAGCCUGUGGCUGCUUCAACCACUGACAGUUUUGCUGCUGCUGGCUUCUGCACGCGGGCAAGCUGCACAUCUCCCAAAGGCUGUGGUGAGCCUUGAGCCCCCGUGGAUCAAUGUGCUCCGGGAGGAUACCGUGACUCUGAAGUGCCAGGGGGCCCACACCCCUGGGAACAACUACACCCAAUGGUUCCAUAAUGGGAGCUCCAUCACAACCCAAGUCCAGCCCAGCUACAGCUUUAAGGCCACACACAACGACAGCGGAGACUACAAGUGCCAGACGGGCCAGACCAGCCUCAGCGACCCUGUGCAUCUGGAUGUGGCUUCUGACUGGUUGUUACUCCAGACCACUCGCCUGGUGUUUGAGGAGGGGGAGCCCAUCCACCUGAGGUGCCACAGCUGGAGAAGCAAGCCUCUGUACAAGGUCACAUUCUACCAGAAUGGAAAACACCAGACAUUUUCUCAUCUGAAUUCCAGCUUCUCCAUCAGACAAGCAAAACUCAGUCACAGUGGCGAGUACCACUGCACGGGAGUUAUAGGGGAAAUGCUGCACACGUCACAGCAUGUCAACAUCACUGUCCAAGGUCCGGCAGCACUAUUCGUCUUUCCGCCUUGGUAUCAAAUCACUUUCUGCCUGGUGAUGGCGCUCCUGUUUGCAGUGGACACAGGGCUGUAUUUUUCCGUGCAGACAGACCUUCGAAGCUGAAUGAGAGACUGGAAGAAUUACAAAGUCAGAUGGAGCCAGGCCCCUCAGGACAAAUGA